AUGUCAGAGUGCAGAAACAGCUUGCUGAGAUGCAUUCGUGCCAUCGCUGCCGAGGCCAGCACGGGACCACGACCGUAUCUUCAGAAUCGCAUAGCGCCACAUGCGCGAUCGUCUCAAGUCGUCCGCCAGUAUACCACAGAGUCUAAGGGAGACGCCAAACCGCGGAACGACAGCACACUGGCGGGAGAGUUGAACGAGACUACAUCUGAUGGCCAGAAGAGCAAACGCACAAGUCUGGUCAAUGGAGUGCCGCAAAAGACGUAUGACUCGAAAAAGAGCUGGAUCACCAACAAUGCACAUCGCAAAGUGCGCACGCCCAACGAAGACCAGGAAGAUGCCAAAGUGCCCAACAUGAACUUGGCUCUAGAGAAAAAGAUCCGAAAAGAACUACAGUACCUACCAGACCCGCUCAAGCUCGCCGACCAUGUCCGUGGCGUUCUCCAGAAGGGCGAUGUCGAGAAGGCUCUUGGUCUCACUCGUAUCGCCAGCAAGGACAUGGAGUGCAUUGUCAGCUGGAACCACAUCAUUGGCCAUUUGUUGUCCGAGAAGCAGGUCAAUGCUGCCUUGAAGAUUUAUAACGAGAUGAAGAAGCGCGCACAGUUUCCCGACUCGCAUACCUAUGUGAUCCUCCUUCGUGGCCUAUCUGAGCCCCCAGUCGCCGCAGACACCCUCGGCAGGGCUCUUGCCAUCUAUCAUUCCCUCGGCGCUGAGAAUUCAAGAGUAAAGCCAACAACCAUACACACCAAUGCUGCACUGCGAGUAUGUGCACGCGCAAACGACAUGGACUCUCUUUGGGGCAUAGCCUCAAAGAUACCGGAGAAAGGCGCUGGCGCCGCCGACCCUUACACCUACACUACAAUCUUGAAUGCCAUCAGAGAGCACGCACUGCUGGAAGGCGGCAACAGAACAGACGACAGUGAGAUUGCUGUGCUGAGGGCAACAGCCAUCCAGCAGGGCCGAAGGAUCUGGGGAGACAUUGUUGGGAGAUGGCGGUCGGGAGACAUUGCCGUCAAUGAAGAGAUGGUUGGCGCCAUGGGUCGCCUCUUGCUCAUUGGUCUGCAGCCAAGAGACUGUGAUGAUGUCCUCUCCCUGAUUGAACAAACCAUGGGAAUCCCUCGACUGGUUCCCAAAUUGGGCAGCAAGAUGAGAAAGGCUGAGCAUCUGCCUAAUCGUAUGCAUCACGAGGCGAAGAAGGAUAGGAUGAACGAUACGGAAGGCGAGGAGCCCGAGAGUGAAUUUGACCAAGCACUCUUACUCGACAACCGAGGCAAGCAAUCCGUCACACUGGUCAAAGCAGGCAACAACUCUCUAUCCCUCAUCCUUGAAGCUUGCAGAGCGACAUUCGCUUACAGAGAGUCAUACGCAUACUGGGACUUGCUGACCAACAAGUCCACCUAUGCUCUCAAGCCCGACAUGGAUAACAUUCACACUUUCAUGCGUAUUCUUCGACAAUCGCGUGCGUCUGGUCGUGCUCUCGGCUUAGUGAAUGACACAAUACCAACCUACGGCUGGACACCCCAUCGCAAGACCUUCCGCAUUGCUAUGAGUACUUGCAGUCGCGACAAGAAGAACNCCCAAGCAAUGGCGCAUGCCAACAAGCUCGUAGAAUUGAGCGAGCACUAUCAGAUUGAACCCGAUCCGAAGAUGUUGAAUCAAUACCUAGAGUUGGCCAUUUCCAAACAAGACGGAGAAGUCAUCGCCCAGACCAUCGACCGUCUGUCAGACUCUAUCGCGAAGUUCAAGUCAAUGCUUUCUUUUGGAAAGUUCAGCUCUGGCAGUUCGGGCAGGAUGAAGGCUAUGGAUAAUCAUGAUGUUGUGGCCUUGAUGAGGACGGUCAUUGGUGCCAUAGAUCAAUUGAUGAACAAGCAAUUGGUUCCCCAGGAUCAGAUGCAGGGAUGGUCUCAGAAGCGAUCAAAACUGAACGCUUUUGUCACGAGGCUAAUGGACAGAAUGGAGGGGAAGAACAUCAUUCCCAAGGAGAAGCUUGUCGAGUUGAGGAGAGAUAGCAGGCAACUUAGGCAUCUUCGCCAGAACGUGGUGAAGAGGCAAAAGAAGGAAAACGGCACAUGGGUGAAGGACAAGAAGGAGCUUGAGCAAAGACCUUUGCAAGACUUGCCGUUCGAGGGAUGA